GCCCAGCCUGCAGUAGCAGUGGCAGCGGUGUGCAGUAGGAGCAGCAGCAGCAGCAGCAUGGCAGACUGCAGGGCGAACUGUGUUGUGGAAGAGGCGGGGUUUGACAUCUCAGCUCUGAAAACAUCUCUAAUCCAGUAUUUCAGGUGUCGAAGUCGACGCAGCGACCAGUCAGUUCUCAACCCCGCCACCGCUCGCAGCUGCUGCUUGUGCUUCACCCCGGGGGACCGCGACGCAGCCGUGGCUGAGUGAGACGUGUCCGAAGUGGAAGUCACAUGAGACUUCCAGCGCUGUAAAACAACACUUCUUAUUUAUUUAUUUUUUUUCCUUGUCUCUCCCGGACCGGUGGAGUACUUUUCCAGCGUCUCUCUCUCUCUCUCUGCGUCUUGACACACAUUUAUCCAGAGAGUCCUUCCGCUUAUCGGCUUUUUUUUUUAAUAAACACUUUAACGGAUAUGGUCGCUUCUAAGUUGGACAGAUUGCUCUCGUAGAGGCUGCACAUGUUUUCUGCUUUACCCGGGUAAAACCUCUGGAAAGGAGCAGUAACCUCGGCUGGAAGUCUGCACCAUGUGGGCGAACUUGCUGACAGGCCUACCGUCCCCUUUUGAAAGCAGCUUGAAGCUUUGUCCAGCCACUUUAAAGGAUGAUUGAACUCUUUUUCGGCGUGUUGAAAGUGCAUCUUCUCAGAAGUAAAAGGACAACUCGACAUUAAAGCCUUGCCCAUACAAAGACUUGAAUUGUGAAUUCUCCCCCCCCUUUCACGUUGACUUUGGAUGUUACCAUUUUUCUUUUAGUAUUUAAGAUUGUUAAAGCUGCAGACAAAAUAAAGCUUCUUUGUGAGCUGCCGACAUUUACCAGAGUCCUAUGUGUAGCCGGGCAGCUGCAGCAGCUUGUGGAAUAACCUAGCCUCAGACUGCCGGGCCUGAAUCGGAUCUGAUCCCAGCAACAACCUGCCUUAUCCUCCAUCUAAUUGACUAUCCCACCGGUCUGAAGGCGGACUCCGCUAAUCAAUGGCAUGGGUCAAGUUCUUCAGGAAGCAGCGGAGCAAUCUUGGGCAGUCCUACCAGCCCGGGAGCAUGAUGUCUCUGGCCCCGACCAAGGGACUGCUGAACGAGCCGGGCCAGAACAGCUGCUUCCUUAACAGUGCUGUGCAGGUCCUGUGGCAUCUGGACAUCUUCAGACGCAGCUUGAGGCAGCUACCGGGGCAUUUCUGUCUGGGAGACUCGUGCAUUUUUUGUGCAUUAAAGGGCCUUUUCUCCCAGUUCCAGCAGAGUCGGGAGCGCGCCUUGCCUUCUGACAACCUGCGUCACGCCUUGGCAGAGACCUUUAAGGACGAGCAGCGCUUCCAGCUGGGCUUUAUGGAUGACGCCGCAGAGUGCUUUGAAAACAUACUGGAGAGGAUCCACCUGCACAUCGUGCCUGAGGAGACGGAUGCCUGCACAUCCAGCUCUUGUAUCACGCACCAGAAGUUUGCCAUGACACUUUAUGAGCAGUCCGUGUGUCGCAGCUGUGGGGCGUCAUCGGACCCUCUGCCGUUUACAGAGCUGGUACAUUAUAUUUCCAUCACAGCGCUCUGUCAACAGACUCAUCAGCGCCGCGAUGAGUCUUUUGGGGAAUUGUUACAAGCGGCAAGUACGAUUGGGGACCUUAGAAAUUGUCCUAGCAACUGUGGUCAGAAGAUCAGGAUCAGACGGGUCCUCAUGAACUGCCCAGAAAUAGUUACCAUCGGCUUUGUGUGGGACUCUGACCAGUCGGAUCUCACAGAGGAAGUCGUUCGCUCGCUGGGCCCUCAUCUCAGCCUCUCUGCGCUCUUCUACAGGGUAACGGAUGAGCAUGCCAAAAAGGAAAAGCUGGUGCUUGUGGGGAUGAUCUGCUACUCCAGCCAGCACUACUGUGCCUUCUCCUAUCACACCAAAUCCUCCAAAUGGGUUUUCUUCGAUGAUGCAACAGUGAAAGAGAUUGGCUCCCGGUGGAAAGAUGUGGUCAGCAAGUGUAUUAAAGGUCACUUUCAGCCUCUGCUCCUCUUUUACUCCGACCCCGAUGGGAGUGCCAUCCAAACAGAAGAUGCCUCAAGACUCAACAGCAGCCACUCGCACGGCCACAAGACCUCCGUCAACGGAGAAGUGCCAGCCGUUGAGUCUCCAGUUCCAGCACCCAAGAAGCUGGAGUUGACCAAAGAGAACCUGAAGGCCGUGCUGGACCACGAGCCUCACAAAAAGAAGACCUCCUCGACUCUCAGCAGGGGCAGCGGACAGACCAACGUUGGCCGGGGACAAGUGAAACGUGAGACCAGCGAUCCCAAGGCGCACCUCAGGGAAAUUUCCAGAGAAGUUGCCCAUAGAGCGGGCCAGUCAAGAGGAAUGCAUCCAGCCAGGAGAGAUGCCGACAGGGGUGGCCAGCGGAGGCCGGACCCGCGCCGUAGAGAUCCAGCUCAUGACAGAACCUACUCCCGCUCUGCCUCCCCUCCGGAAAACGCCUUCAAGCAGUACCUCGACACCCGGCUGUACAGCAGCCAAGGAAAGGGCCCCACCAAGACGGAGCGAGUGCCACAUCUUGGCGGCCGCUCCUCUCACGACCCGCCGCGCUCCUCUCACGACCCGCCGCGCUCCUCUCGCGACCCGCCGCGCUCCCACGCCAGGCUCCAAGUGCCGUCCAGCCCGGCCAACUUCAGGAGCGGCCAUCAGAGCCGGAGGCCGGAGCACCUCUCCAACGGAUACGACACGGACAGCAGCCAGGAAUCCCGGGACCGAAACUGGAGGAACUACAACAACCCCUCCAAUCGAGCGUGGAGGCCCACGCGGGAGGCGCUAAACGUAGACAGCGUUCUAAGCAGCGUGGACGACGGGAACGCAGGAAGGGAGGAGCGAAGGCUCCACAGCCCGCGGAGAAACGCAAACAGUCACUCGUCGCCGUCGCGCGACCAUGAGCGGGACAGAGAGAACGCGCGGGGGGCGAGGGAAGAGCGCAAACCGAAAAGCCUGAUGACCAUCUACGAAGACGAGCAGAGGAACGAAACGGGGGGCAGCCGGAGCUCUCUGGACUCGGAGGGCAGAGGGGGACACAGUGACAUGGACAGGUUGAAGAGCUCGGCGCCGCUUAAAGGGCGCAACGAGAGCUGGAAGAUCCAGAGAACCGAAUCUGGAUAUGAGAGUAGUGACAGACUGAGCAACGGUUCGGCCAACCUGGACUCCCCUGUUGUAGAUGGCUUUUCUUCUAAGGACCUGCGGCCCAUACCGGAGAUGCAUCUGAUGAGGGAUCACUUUCCUCCAAGGGGAACUGACGAUUUGAGGGAUGAUGUGUUGUACUCGGAGUUUUCAACCGGAGAUCAAGGAAGGACCUCUCCAGAUGUAGAAGAUGUCAACAGCCUGAAUGGUCAACUCCUCCAAAGAAAAAGAGCCUUCCGGUACACGCCUGGAAUCCUGGACAAGAACAAUGGCCUGGACGGCGAGCAAGAGGAAAACGUGGACAGCAACCCCGCGAGCCCCGUCCCUCCUUACUCGCUGAAGAACAGUCCUGAGUGGAACAGCUCGGAUGACCUCGCCGGGCCCCUGUCCGAGCAAGAGGAACCCGGUCACCCUGGCAACGUUACGCACAGCUACCACCCCCCUUUACCCCCCAAACCCUGCCUGUCCGGCAUCUGCCCGCGCAGCCAGCCCAAAAACGGCCUGUCUGUUCUCCGCCGCUGGAUCGAGACGCCCGCCGAGUUCAGGCUUUCCUCCGACGCCAGUUCCAAGUCGGGCUCCUCCGACCAGGAGAGGAACGAUCUGUCCGCCAGCGAGAGCGAGGACAGGCUACCCAGUCCACAGCCCCGGCUGGAUGACGGUUCCGACUCCCCGUCCUCCUCCCGGACGGACAUGGUCCUCCCGACCACUUUCUUCUCCGUGGACAGCUGCAUGACAGACAGCUACCGGGCCAAGUACCACAAGAAACCGGGCCUGCGCAGGAGAGCAGAGGACCACACCUCGUCGGGGGAGAGCGACGCAGAAGGAAGGAGUCACGGUUCGACGAACGUUCCGCCCGCAGAAACUUCCAGAAGCAGAACAGAAUCGGGCUAUGCUACUGCUAAGACCGCAGCAAAGUGGAUCCCAGUUACUCCCAAAUUCAUCGACGAGCACGGAUACUUGUGAUCGAACAGCAGACCAGGAAUGUGACCGGACGCCAAACGGAACGACUGCUACGCCGGCGCUUCCUGUGGAGCGCGCGGGUCAUCGCAGCUGUGCUCGUUUUAAGAAAAGAGAAUGCCAAAGAGAUUGCAGAAAGAAAGACUGGCGUCUUCAUUUAUUUUUAUUAUUUUUUUUGCACAAUAGAGCGCUAAAAGGUACAAAACCUCUUGAGCACUGCUAUACGUUUUGAGGAUCAGACUGGUGAAGAAUGUCACAUUAAGCCACUUUAACAAACAAGAGAUUAGAAACCAAAUCACACAAAGCUAUAUAUAUAUCAUGUUACUCCUUCUUUCAGCUAUGUCUUAUGCAAGCUUUUAUUUAACUACUCCUAAUGUAGCGUUACUGAGGCGGUUGCCCCAGGUCUCUGGUUUUCCUGACUUUCCGAGAGGUUUCUCGUUUCUGUCAGGCCGUCACUGAGUUUGUUGCUGAUGAGAGAUGUUCGCUCUAUCGUUGCGCUGGGAACAUUGAACAAACCACAAUAUUCCAGACCUCUGCGUCCGCACUCAAGCGGUACGAACCAUCUUGGGAGAGGGGGGGUUUGUGUCCGAGCGGAUCUUUCCCCACUGCCAACUACGUAAAUGAGAUUGCAGAGGCAACUGGUGUUUAUGAUGAAUAGAUGUGAUUGAAAACUGUACAGCACAUCCUGCUCCGUGGUUUUAUUUUUCAAUGCGUAUUAAUUUUUAUUAUUUUUUUGUUCUAUUUGUCCUUUAACACUCUCUCUCUCUCUGUUUUAUGGGCACAUUUAACAGUCAUAGAAGGCAGAUUAUUAUGGCGUUUUCUUUUGCUUUUU